UUAAGAUGGCUGCCGCAAGCGGGGCCUGUCCCUUCUGGCGUUCCAAGGGGCCUUUCGAGGAGGCGACCCAGGAAACUCUCCCCGGGGCCCUUUAAUCCAAGACAGCGCGCCUCGCCACCCCUUGCUUCGCACAUUACCAAGCGGCAACGGAGGCAUUAGCUCGACGGAGAAAAAAGCGGCUGUUCGCGGGCCCUCAGCCAUGGCGUUUUAGGGGAGGAGGCCCAACCCGUCGCGCUGCUCCGUGAAGAAAGAGGCGCCCAACCGCCUUCAGUUGAGCCCCGCCACCGCCUUCCUUCGCUCCGAGGAAUCCAGCGAUGCCGCCUCCCAAACUGCGCCACUCGCAGCGACUGAGCCAGAAGAGCAGCUACACAGCUCCCGCCUCCAGGCGCCAGCUUGCCAUUGGCCGCCCCGCCUGCCACUCAUUCCCUGUUCUAGUUUCUACUGGGCGCUGUUCAGCCGCGUCCCGCCCCUUUGCCAUCCCGGCUCUCUCUCGCUCUCUCUCUCUUUCUGAAGCGACGGGCGCCGUGAGGUAAAUAGAAGCAGGAUCUCAAAAUGGCGGAGCCGCCGCCGAGUCCCGUCCGAGGCGCGACGGUGGCGCCGCCGCUGCUGCUCCCCCUCCCGCCGUCGCAGGAACCUUUCCCAUCCAAUGCAGUCGCGGACCCGAGGCCUCCUCCGCGCGGCUUCCAGCCGGCUUCGAAGCGAGCCAAAGCCGCCGAAGAGCGCGGCCUCAAAGGCCCGAAGCGUGUCAACGGCGAGGGCGGCAGCAAUAGGAAGCCGCCACAGCCGCCGCCUCACAUCCCGGUGGCGCCCACCACCUCCGUGUGGAGCCUCGCCGCCUUUUCCUCCGGAGCCGCCGCUACCACCACCACCACCAGCAGCAGCGGCUCAUCCGGCGCGGGGUCUUUCGCUUUCCCGCCUCACUUGCCUCACAAGUUGCUCCUGCCGCCGCCCUCCUCCUCCUCCUCCUCGCACCAGCACCAUCAGCACCGCUUGGCCGUCGCCGUCGAAGGAGGCAAGACCAAGAGGCCCAAGGAGAAGCGCGACAAGGAGAAGCGGAAGCUCGGCACCCUGGCGCUGGCGGGCUUGGCGGGAGCCGGAGGCUGCGUGGGCUGGGAGGAGAACGGCGAGGUGAAGAUGCUGCUCCCUCCGGCCCAGGCCCAGGCCCGACCCCAGCAGCAGCCUCACCACCACCACCGACACCGCCGCCGCCAGGAAGAUCAAAUCAUCAGAGAUAAAAUAUCAGAAAGUGACAAGGAAAAGCAGAAGGAAAAGAAGAAACAUAGGUUGAUGUCAGAAAUUAAGAAAGAGAAUGGAGAAAUGAAAUUAUUUCAGAAGGGUGUGAAGGAAAAACCAAAAAGCAAUGCCGAAGACCUGCAGAUUAAAAAAGUAAAGAAGAAAAAGAAAAAGAAACAUAAAGAGUGUGAAAAAAGGAAGCGUCCAAAAAUGUACAGUAAAUCUAUUCAGACCAUCUGCUCAGGAAUGCUUUCUGAUAUUGAGGAUCAAGACUCCAAAGGCAUUGUUGAUAAUCACCUUAAGGAUUUCAAUGGAAAAAAUAUGGAUCCCAAGAAGGAUUCUGAGCACAAGGUACCAGAGAACAGUGAAUUUCCAUUUCCCUCACUAAAGGAGCCACGGGUUCAAAACAAACUGAAAAGCCUAGAUACGUUGGAGUUCAGACAGUUCAUUCAUAUUGAACACCAGCCUAAUGGAGGAGCUUCAGUUGUCCAUGCCUACAGUAAUGAACUCUCCCACCUGUCUCCUGUGGAGAUGGAGAGAUUUGCGGAUGAAUUUGUGGGUCUGGUUUUCAGUGAAAAUGAAAACUGUGCAGCUUACUAUGUAAUGGGAAUUGUUCAUGGGGCAGCUACUUAUUUACCUGAUUUUUUAGACUACUUUUCAUUUAAUUUUCCCAAUUCACCAGUGAAAAUGGAAAUUUUGGGAAAGAAAGAUAUAGAGACAACAACUAUGUCAAAUUUUCAUGCUCAGGUAAAAAGAACCUAUUCCCAUGGUACUUAUAGAGCUGGCCCCAUGAGACAAAUCAGCUUAGUUGGAGCAGUGGAUGAGGAAGUGGGGGACUACUUUCCAGAGUUCCUUGAUAUGCUGGAAGAUUCACCUUUGUUGAAAUGUACUCUGCCGUGGGGGACACUUUCUAGUUUGAAGUUAGAGACUCGUAAGGAUAGUGAUGAUGGUCCCAUCAUGUGGGUACGUCCAGGAGAGCAAAUGAUCCCUGUGGCAGACAUGCCAAAGUCACCUUUCAAAAGGAAAAGAACUACCAAUGAAAUAAAAAAUCUGCAGUACCUACCUCGUACUAGUGAGCCUCGUGAAAUGCUGUUUGAAGACAGGACACGAGCCCAUGCAGAUCACAUAGGACAAGGGUUUGAACGACAGACAACAGCUGCUGUGGGAGUAUUAAAAGCAGUGCAUUGUGGAGAGUGGCCUGAACAACCUCGUAUAACCAAAGAUGUUAUUUGCUUUCAUGCAGAAGAUUUCUUAGAGGUAGUUCAACGAUUGCAACUAGAUUUGCAUGAACCUCCACUUUCACAGUGUGUCCAGUGGGUUGAUGAUGCAAAACUUAACCAAUUACGAAGGGAAGGCAUUCGGUAUGCCAGAAUUCAGUUGCACGAUAACGAUAUUUAUUUUAUUCCGAGGAAUGUUGUACAUCAGUUUAAGACUGUUUCAGCGGUGUGCAGUUUGGCUUGGCACGUUCGGCUUAAGCUCUACCACUCAGAGGGAGAAAAUCAAACAAUCUACGACAAAGAUCCACCAACAGAUCCCUCAACUUCUCUUGUAGGACUUCACAGUGAUGAUGUAAUCCAUUCAGCAAACAUAAAUGCCUCUGAAGACACCAAAUUUUUAGGCAGCAUACAAACUAAAUACGUAAAACAGGAGUUUUCUUGCAUGCAACAUGAACCUUCAGUAUCUCUCAAAAGUAAAGAAGAACCCACUACUGUUAAUCCUUAUGAAAAAACAACAGCAACCAAUGCUGUGGACUGUUGGGAUGUCAAAGCAAAGCUGGAUCAUGGUCAGUUGUCAGGAUCUAAGUUUGAAAUAGACUCUGAAUUUGAACAUGAUGAAAGAGAUUUAGAAGACAACUUGUGCAGAGGGAGUCACGUGAACCUGGAGGACACACGACAAAGCAGUUCAGCACAUCCAAGUCUGCAUGUCAAACAAGAAGAUGACUUUUUGUGUUAAAGUUGUAUAUAUGUUUUUAAAUUCCUUUUUAAACAUGACAUAAUAAUGUAAAAAUACUUAAAUUUUGUGAGGCAGGUUUAUUAACUUGUCCUCACAUCUGUUACAGAAAAUAGUUUAUGUAGCUUUGUAACAUUCCUCAGUGCCUGUCCAUAACUGUGAAAGUAUCAAAGCACUUAGGGCCAGAUGCACUGUAAACACUGCAGGUGUAACAUAAAGAAGUCUUUAAAUAUGAGUUGUAGGUUUUAGAAUAGAGCUGACAUUUAACAUAUAUUUUUUGUAAAAUAAGCCAGAAUUCUUUUUUGAUGAUUCCAGGCUUUUCCAUAGAGCUUAUUUAUACUGAUUUUUUUUCUUUUUAAUGUGUCAGCACUGUAGUGUAAAUAGCUUUUUUUAAAAAAAGAAAUCUUUUUAGUGUGAUUUAUAUUGAAAUGUGAGCCACUUAAUAAAGGUUCAUAAUAACAAUAA